CUAUCCAGUGAAAGUGGAAUAGUCUGUCCAGGUAUCAGGUCGGGUGCGGUUUGUUAUUGUUUCUCAGAAUGACACAGAAAGGUGCGCGACAUGGGCAGGUGAUGCAGGUGAAAUCAGGACAGCUACAGGUGCACAGCUUACGGUAACAGGUGCGUGGCUCGAAACACGGAUACGCAGGCAGAAGGGUGCACACGCUGGCUUCACACGAGACAACAGAUCGUAGACCUUGGAAAAGGUGUAGCCAGCAAGUCUCCAACAUACCCAGAAAACUUCACAGCAGAUCCUCACAGCUGUUGGAUCAGGACUUGAUCAGAUUUGUGAAUAGGAGGAGUAGAGUGUGUACAGCCUUGUGAAGACAAUGCCAUGGGGAUCGGAUGCUCUGUUCGCUCCUCCGUGCCGAGCGCGGAAUUCGGCGAGGAUUCACACGAUGGCCUCAGGGCUCCAUCAUCAGGUGCCUCUCCCCAGGUGGGCCAGCGACCACGGCUGCGCCCACACCGCAUCAGCGCUACGUCAUCCAGCAGUGUGGCAGUGACCUUGUACGACCUUGGCACUGGAGAUGACCCUUUCCCGCCAGAGUCACAGCAAUCCAGCCAAGCGGAGGAAACACCCCCAAUAGUGCGACGGCUGACCCUCACAACGGUUGAGAUAACCAGUCACAUCCAGACUACGGAGGUCACUGUCGCACAGCCUCGCGAGCAACCUUCCCAAGGUGUAACGACAAGCAAGCAAUCUGACUCUCAGAAAGCCUCCCAGGAUGCAACAGGUCAAAAUCCUACCAGCCAGCCUCAAUCCCAGGAUGCCCCAGCAGGCGUCAAACAACCUGCUGUUGCACCGCCCACACAGCCAAGGCCUCCUAAACCCCCGCCAGCUCUGCCUGAUUUGAGAGACUUUUCUGAGAAUGAGAGGAAAUUGUUGUGCGGAAGAGUGGAUGCUGACGUGAACUUAAGGCCCAAACUCAUCAGGGUAUACGUAGUCUCCUGUGCAGAAGAUUCCAUACAAGAAAGAGCGGUGUUGAGGGAAAGAGUCAGCCCUGCACUGAAACAUCACUGCGGCAUGCUGGGAUAUCAGUUUGAGCUGGUGGACAUGUAUGAGGGCGUGUCUGACAGGGAGGUCAACGACCCUGAGUUCCUGCAAGCUGCGCUAAGAGAGAUGGACAUGUGUAUGGAGACAUCUAUUGGGCCACAACUAAUGAUUCUGUUUGGACAAAAGUAUGGAAAGUUGAUGUGUCCCACAAGCAUCCCACCUGAGACCUUUGACAAGCUACUGGCAGCUAUGGACAGCAGGGAGGAUAAAGAGACACUCUGCACCUACUAUCACCUUGACAACAACUCUGCCCCACCCACAUAUAAGUUACAGCCAAUCAGAUGUGAGGAGGGAAAGUUAAAGAGCUCUGAUUGGUUGACUGUUCAGGACCAGCUUCUGAGAAUCUUGGAGGAGAGGCUUGAUGAGGAAUCGAACCUCCUGAAGUCAGCUUUGGACCACCAGCUGUGCCGUGCCUUCAGCCACCCCAGACUCCAGGCCGGUCAGGUGACCUGGUUCACCCGCCGGCUGCUGGAGCUGGAGGCCCACCUGGCCGACCCUCUGGCACCGCACUUCCUCGACAUCCUGCCAGGGGGCGCCGUGAACACAGCUGCGCAGCAGAGGCUGGAGGGUCUGGUAGAGAGAACAACAUCUCAGCUGUCUGAGGCUACCUGCAUGGCUAACAACAUCCCCUGGGAAGGUGGAGGGAUUGACCCCCAAGCUAACCCUGCCCAUCAGGAGUACCUGGACUGUCUACAGACCAGGUGUCAGGCCGACCUGAUGGCCAUGGUGGACAGGGCUGUUACAGAGGCACAGGGAGAGGAACAGGACCACAAGCCACGCUUUGGCAAAACUCUGAGUCUUGAGCUACAACACCAGGCAGACUUCUGCCGCACAACUUCUCCCACAUUCCAUGGGCAGGACAAGCUCCUGAACGCGAUAGGAUCCCACCUGCGUGCAGAGAACACCCUCCCAUUGGUCAUCCAUGGUGCGGACGGGUGUGGCAAGUCGGCGCUGGUAGCUAAGAUAGUGGAACUGGUGCCUGAGUGGCAGACUGAGCAGACAGUGUGUGUGUACAGGGCUGUUAGACCGGGAACCAGCCAUUCCAGCGAGGAGCAGCUGCUCUGGGGCCUGUGUGAACAGCUGAGGUUACUGUAUGGGCCCAGCACCAGGAAGAUACAAAUGGAAAUUGACAGUCUUGUGCAAGACUUUCAGUAUUUCUUGAGCAGAGCUACAUCAGACAGACCCUUGCUGCUGCUUCUGGAGGGUCAGCUUCAGGGUGGGGAGGGGGGCACAUCUCUGGUGUGGCUUCCGACCUCCCUGCCUCCCAACGUCAGUAUGGUGCUAAUCGUCAAGACCACUGACACGGAAACAGCUCCUUUCUUGAAGAGUUUGCCACCAGACUGUUUCAUGGAGAUGUCUACCCUCCCUCCCGACGAGUGCAUGGCCAUCGCUGACCAGCUUCUCAAGAACAACCAGAGAACUUUAUCCCCCAACCAGCGCGACACAUUCCAGGCAGCUAUCGAGAAGUGCCCCCUUCCUCUGUAUGCAAGUAUUGCAGCCCAGCUAUGUACAGCAUGGAAAAGUGACGAUGUUGACUCAUCGUUACCACAAGAUGUUGUUGGUCUGGUGAACAGCAUGUUGGACAGGCUUGAGGCGAAACAUGGCGCAGAGCUGGUAUCUGCUGUGGCCAGGUACGUCACCGUGGCAAGGCACGGACUCACCGAGUCUGCUCUAUUUGGACUGCUACUGCAGAAUUCGGAAGUUCUGAGGUUGAACAAGGGAACAGAGUUACAUGGUGUGCCACAGAGCACUGUUCUGAGGUUGCUAAGGGACCUAACUCCACUCUUGAGCAUCAGGGUGCAAGAGAGCUUGGUGCUUAGAACAUGGAGGUCGCACUCUAUUGCUGACAUCAUUGUCAGAAGGUACAUGGGAACAAAAGAUGACGUCAGAACUGCACAUGUGCACAUGAAGGAGUUCUGUAGCAGAAUGGUAGCUACGGAACAAGAAGCUGGUUUACACACACACUGGGGGCUCGUCGAGUUGCCUUAUCAUACAUUCCAAACUGAAGGACAUCACAGAGCAAUCGCGGAGUAUUUCCUAAAGUUCGAUUGGCUGCAAAAAGCGCUUGUUGCUGGGAACGCAAUUCAAAUUGUUAGUGAUGUCAACAUGGCAGCCCGUGCCAACCCAGACAAUGGGGACCUCUGUCUGUUGAGUGCUCUACUGCAGGAGUCGGCGGCGGCACUGAGCUACGACGGCCGACAGUUCUGUGUUCACGUGGUGGAGAGGUUGGUUGAUGUCAUGAAAUCUGCUGCAAAAGACAGGUUUCCAGCGAUGUGCAAUAUGUUCAAAAGUGCAAGCAGCUCUGCCAACAGGCAGUUCACCACUUCCAAGGUGUUCCUGAAACAGGUGGCACCACCUGGCAGCUCAUCGGAGAAGAGCAGGAAAAGAAUAGCGUCUGAAAAGGCAGAGGGAGAAGUAGGGAACAGUGUGGAACCAGAGGGUGAAACUGAUUGUGAUUUCCUGACAGGGCUGUUUGUGGUCAAAGACGACCCAGAUCAUGUGAUCUCCGUCUCCGUGGAGACCGGUGAGAUCCGACUGUGGGACGUGCACAUGCAGACACCCGUACAGGUGAUCCUAGGUGUGGACCAGCCGCGCCAGGUGUGCUGCAUCAACGCUCGCCAUAUUGUUGUUCUAUGCAACCGACAGCUGCAGGUGUAUGACCUUGAAGCCGGCAAGCUGGAGACGACCUUGAAAGGCAUCAUGAAUGCCACCAUGCCGUACUUUGGCAUACACGACAGCGACCACGUCGUCGCGCUCUCUCGGAACCGGAUGUACGUCAACGUCAUCAACGUGACCAGCGGAGAUGUGGUGUCCACAUUCAAGGCCGGAGAGGACCGUUUCUUGAACAGUUUGCUGAUCAGCUCUAACGGGGAGACUGUCGUGUGCGGGGACGAGACGCAGAAGCCCAGCCCGCUGCUCGUGUGGGACCUCAUCAACCGCAAACUGGUGCACGACCUGAGGAUCAUGGGACACGAGUUCAAUGCCAGACUGUCGGCCAUCACAAACAAUGGCAAAUAUGUGGCCUCUUCUUGUAAGGAGCUGAUAGACCCAGAUGUAUGUCUGGUCAUCGUGUAUGACCUGAAGACUGGACAGCUGUUCAAGAAGCUGAAGCCUGGGACACCUGUGGUCAGCCUGGCACUGUCCGAAGAGUCCAUGAGCGCUGUGUUAGGCUGUGAGAAUGGGCUGGUGCAGGUGUGGGAUCUGCAGACUGGUGCCUGUAGACAUGUUCUGGAUGGCCACACCCACCCUGUAAACACCCUACAGCUGGCAGAUGAGGGGAGGAGGUGUCUGACCUUUGACCCUUCACACCAUGACCUCAGCAUCAGGGUCUGGGACAUUGUGGAAGGUCAAUGCUUAGCCGUCCUGACUCCCGACCAACCAAUCAACUGCUGUCAAAUCCUGGCUGAUGGAGAGAGAGUUGUGAUUGGUCUACAGGGCAGACAUGAUAUCAUCACUUUGGAACUACUGUCUUCAACAUCAUCCAAUCAGCUUGAGUAGAAAUUGUGGACAGAAGGAGAGCAGAUUGUGAUUGGUCUGCAAAGCAGAUGACACCAUUAGUUUUUAAUUGCAUCAAUAGUAAGCAUCCAAUCAGCUGGGCUGAUCAGUAAGGCCACUAGGUAUCAAAUUACGUUACUGCAUCUUGUCGAAGAGACAUUGUACAGUAGAUUAUGUGCAAGAGCAGAGAAAUCAUGGAACAAGAUAACUAUGAGUUGUGCCAAUUGUCAUAAGUGAAAAGGACAAAUUUUUGUGGUGGCCAAAUCUUUUUUACUCUUUUAAUGACAGUGUCAAAUAAGAGCAAAAAAUCACCUUUGAAAAUUUCUCUGUACAGUGAGAAAAGUAUAAUGAAUAAGGAACUCCUUUUUGUAUUGAUGUAUAUUCUUCAGUAACUAUAUAUAGAAUUCAUGCUGUCAAACUUGGUAACAAACAAUAGGAAGAUCAUAAUUGAAUCCUGUUUUUAUAAGUAUGAUGUUUUUUCUUACACAGAGUUUUUUCUCUAAACGUGAAGACUAAAUUGUUAAAAGGCCUGGCCUGUUGUUCAUAUGUGUGACAUUGGGAACAUUCAGAUAGGACUUUUUCUGUAGACAUAUUGGGUAUAUGUGCAACAAAGAAUAAGGUGGGAACACUGUCGCUACUCAAGUAGCUAUUGAAGCUUCACAAGAAAGCAAAACUUGAUGUGUAUAUUAAAGCAUUCCAGAUUGUUUAAAGUUUGCCUCCAAAUGUCCAAAUGUAAGUACAAAAAGCUAUCUGUUUAAAUUAUCAUUUUGCAAUUUUUAUGAUUUACCAUAGGCAAUUAUCUCACUUGACUGUGACAGAUUGUGGCAGGUGCACCAGACAUUUGCGAAAUGUGAUGCCUGAAAUUGCACUUGUUAUCAUUGUGCAUUCGUUUCUAAUUUGUAUUUUCUAAUAACGUGCUCAUCUGGCCUUAACGUGCCCAUGCAUCACACGUUAGUCAUAAUUGGCACAAAUUUACAAAGUUUGUGCAAUUUCCUAGCGCAAUUUGGCACAGUACAGUGAGACACCUGCUUUACAUGAUUAGGUGACUUAACCCAAUAUGGAAUGCUGAUGAUUCAAACAGUCCCUUUUGGGCAUAUCAUAGGGCAGGGCAGCUAGCACAUUACUAAGAGAACAUUCUUUUACACCAGCCUGUGUGUUUUCAUUCUCAUUGACAUGUAAUAUAUAUAACUCAUGUCAUCUGGACCAGAGGUCAUUUCAUGUACAAAGCUGGUUAGAAAGUAUUUACCUGACUUUGUAUAUCUGGUGAAUACCCAAGCUGUAAAAGCAAUAAUUGAUAUUGUAAAGUGCAAGUAUGAACAUUUUUGCCAACAUACGAGUCUAGACGCUUACAGCAGCUAGCAGAACUUGGCCAUGGUGAGAAUUCCUGAGGCCUUGAAAAACAUGUUGUGUUUCUGGGUAUCUGACCGACCCUGUCAAAAAUCUGCCAAAUUUGGCCUUAAUUUUUUUCCUAAUUUUUAAAUCUUUUGUAUUUUUAGAUUUUUCAUUAAGUCAACUGCUGAUAAGGUACAUGGAAUUUUCAAUCUGACAUAUGAGUUAUGAAACUGUUAUAGAAUCAUGUUUAACAUACAUGACGUCCUCAUUUCUGCUGCAGUAGAAAAGUGUGCUUGUAUAAUGUUACUUUAUAUCUAUAUAAUUUAGAAUAUGAUGUUGAAAUUAUCAAUAUCCUUACAGACCUCAUUUUUGUUAGGUCACCUUUGGCCGAAAUCUUGAAAAAAAAUUUAGGAUUGGAUGUGAAAUGCAGCAUUGAUUUUUCUAGGCCUAAUCUCCAAACAGAUGUCAGCUCUGGCAUAUUUGUAGGUUUUCUUUAAAAAAUGUACAGAAGACGCUUGUGUCAAACAGUCAUCUAUGGUCAAGCAGACUCAAGCUAUGGUAUCAUCUCUGUGUCAACAUAUAAUGUUACAAAGAGACUGUUAGGCUUGAUGUUUUGAAGUGGUAUGUAUUGUGUUUGUGCCAAAAGAAAUAACAUUCCAGCUAUAUCAUGUUGCCAGAUGGAUGUAACUUUCUUUCAUCACAUAGUUGUCAGCAUAGUUGGUCCAUGAAAGUGCCAAUACUUUGUUUGUGUGUUUGUUGUAAAGCCUGUUUUAUUUUGAAAUAUAAGGCAUCAAUGAA